AUGGCCUCCCUCCGCGAGGUAUCUCGCUCGGCGAGGCACAUCGUCAAGUCGUCCUCGCAGGCGAAACCUUUCCAGAGAUGCGCCUCGACACAGGCUGCGCCUGCGAUCCCCGAUAUCGAGCCAGAGUCUGGCCUGGCAGCUCCGAUUGUAGACAGGGGACAGGUUUCUAUACAGGAUCCGAGGAAGCGCGCCAGUCGAAGGCCGCAGGAGCUGCCGCAUUCAAGAUACCGCUACCACCCCCCGAAGUACGACAGAGGCCCAAUGCACCCCGUGCAGCCUCCGCCGUCGUCAGACCCGGUCGCCCGUAACUUCAGCCCGGGUCCCUUCAACGUCCCGCGCCUGAAGCACACCUUCCACUCCACCAUUGCCUCCGACAUCCUCACCCUGGCCUACCAGCACAAGAUCCCCGGCACGCCGGACAAGCCCGAGCGCAUACGGCUCCGGUCGUGGGGCGACGAGACGCCCUACAUGAAGAACCGCCCGAAGCGCGGCCCGCGAGGCGCCGAGGUCCUGCUGCCCCUGGAGGAGAACAUCAACUACCACAACAUCCCCGAGAUCCGCGCCGUCCACGUCGCCGCCUAUAUGCCCGCCGCCAAGAAGAACCAGGACUACAUCACGGUCGGCAAGGCCGUGCUCCAGUCCAUCACGGGCGUGCGCCCCGAGACGACCAGGAACAAGUCCAGCGUCGCGCAGUGGCACGUCAUCAAGGGCGACAGGACGGGUGUCAAGUGCUCCAUCUAUGGUAACCAGGCCUACGAGUUCCUGGACAAGAUGAUCAACCUCGUCUUCCCCAAGAUCAAGGAGUGGCCGGGUGUUAAGGGGUCGACCGGCGAUGGCGCCGGCAAUCUGUCGUGGGGUUUCGAGGCCAGCCAGAUGAUGUUCUUCCCCGAGGUCGAGGCCAACUACGCCCAGUAUCCCGCCAAGAUGAUUCCUGGUUGCCGAGUGUUUGUCGAGACUACGGCCAAGUCGGACAGGCAUGCAAGAUUACUCCUGCAGACCAUGGGCGUACCCUUCUAUGGCAAGUUGAUAGACUAG